AUGAGAUCUUCAUUCCAUGAUCACUGGCUAGUUCAAGCAGUCAUACUCUGCGUUCUCUGCACUAGGCCAACAGCCGCAUCCAACCAAUGUUUAAGAGACCAGGAAACAUUAUUGUUGCAGCUGAGGUCUGAGCUUUCUUUUAUCGGAACAAUGAUGAUGACUUGGACUCCAACUAAAGAUUGUUGUCGUUGGGAUGGUGUUGUUUGUGAUCGAGAUGGGCAUGUCAUAGUUCUUGAUCUAAGCCAUGAAAGUCUGUAUGGUGGAUUCAACCAGUCUAGUAGCCUGUUCGAUCUCAAAUUCUUGCAAAACUUAAAUUUGGCUUAUAAUUCUUUUGUCUCUUUGGCUAUUCCAUCUAGGAUUGGUGAACUAUCCAAUCUGGAAUAUCUGAAUCUGUCCUCUUCCGGGUUUGCUGGUCAAAUUCCAAUCGAAUUAUCGCAAUUGACGAGGAAUCUGACUGCUCUUACAGAACUCAAUCUUGAUGGCAUUAGAAUCUCACCCAUGGGGAUUAAGUGGGAGCAGGCCAUUUCUUCCUUGCCUAAUCUUCAAAAAUUAAGCAUGUCCAAUUGUUACCUCGUUGGACCCAUUGAUCCUUCUCUAAUGAAACUGAAGUUCCUGUCGAUUAUCCUGCUGGAUCAUAAUAGUAAUCUGUCAUCUCCUGUUCCAGAUUUCUUUGCGAAUUUCAGGAAUUUGAAGGUUCUGUCUCUAAGUUCUUGUAAUCUGAAUGGGACAUUUCCAGAAAAGAUUCUUCAGCUUCCAACGCUACAAAUUCUGGAUUUAACUAACAACCAGAAGCUUCAAGGGUCAUUACCAGAAUUUCCCGAUAAUGGCUCUCUAAAAAAUCUAAAGCUGAGUUCUUCAAAAUUUUCAGGUCAGCUGCCUAAUUCUAUUGGGAAGUUGAUGAAUCUGUCAAGAAUAGAGCUUUCAAACUGCAAUUUCAGUGGAAAUAUACCAGCUUCAAUGGCGAACCUCACCAAACUGGUUCACUUGGACUUGUCAACGAACUCAUUUUCUGGGUCAAUCCCAUCUUUUCAAAUAUGCAAAAAUCUCACCUUCAUGGACCUUUCUCAAAACUUGCUUUCAGGUCCAGUUCCUUCAUCACACUUUGCGGGUCUUCAGAAACUUGUCUACAUUGAUUUGCAAAACAAUGUUUUCAAUGGUGCUGUUCCAUCAUCACUAUUUUCUAUCCCAUGUCUGAAGAAAAUUCAACUUUCCAAUAACCAGUUUGGUGAUCAAAUUGCUGAAUUUUCAAAUCCAUCAUCUAUUCUAGAUACCUUGGAUUUGAGUAAUAACAAUCUGCAAGGGCCCAUACCAAAGUCUUUCUUCCAAUUUCAAAAUCUCAACAUCCUAUCCCUCACUUACAACAACUUUACCGGCAACUUGAAACUAGAAGAAAUGGCAACAAGUUUCCCCAACCUUAUGAGAUUAGAGUUAUCGUUUAACAACUUGGCAAUUGAUGCCAGCUUCAGAAAUGGUGGUUUCCAACUGCUGACAGUUCUGAAAAUGGCUUCUUCCAAGCUGAAACAGUUCCCUAAUCUACAAUAUCAUUCAAGGAUUACCAAUCUCGAUCUUUCAGAUAACCAAAUCCAUGGGGAAAUACCAAACUGGAUAUGGAAGGCCCAGUACCUCGCUCAGCUAAAUCUUUCUUCUAAUUAUCUUCAGGAUAUGCAGAAACCUUAUGAUAUUCCCAACAGCUUUACUUCCAUUGAUUUCUCUGGAAACCAAUUAAAGGGAGAGAUACCUCCAACUAUUGCAUCUCUAAAAUCACUCUAUGUUCUCAACAUAUCUCACAAUUCCCUGACUGGUCCGAUACCAUCGUCAAUAGGAAAUUUGACUCAGCUGCGUUCACUUGAUCUCUCAUACAACAAACUCGAUGGGACUAUACCAUUACAGCUUUUGGAUCUUACUUAUCUUUCAUUCCUAAACCUGUCAUACAACAAACUGACUGGAAUGGUCCCUAAUAAAAGAACAUUCACUGAAACUUCUUUCUUGGGAAAUCAUCGAUUAUGUGGAUCUGUCCUCAACAGAAGCUUAAAAGAUGGAGGACCAGAUACUUCAAGCAUGUUGAUAAUAUUAGUCUCUGUAUUCUUAGUUGGGGAGGCAGAGGAAGAAGAAGAAGACACAAUAGAAGAAGAUAAAAGAGCACAUAGACAGUGA